UUCUUUGACUUGAAUGUCAGGAAAUUAUUUCAUAAUUUUAAAAUAUAUUAAGGUUUCUAAGUUAUUUUGAAGACCUGCCGGCGGAUUUCAACCAUGUAGUUCUUUGCAUUUAAUUCAAAUGACAAAUAUUGUGAACAAAUAAUAUUCGAGCUUGAUGAUUUUUGGGUAGGAAAUCUGCAAGCCUUGCAAACAGGCAGUCUUAUCAUUGUUCACAAUCUCCUUUUUCUGUUAGUGGUGCAAGCGAGCACUGGAACAGCUAACGGAAGAACAUCUCGGAAUCUCACUCCUGCUAUAAAACUACCAUGGAGAAUUCAACUAAAAUACUGUUUGUUCUACAAGGACUCAACGAGACAGUGUCAAGCAAACAAACAUACUUUUUCCCCGCUCUAUUUUUUUACCUUUUCACUGUUUUAGUGAACCUGACUUUGAUUACAACAAUUAUUUUGGAGAAAACACUCCAUGAGCCCAUGCUUAUAUUUCUGUGUAACUUGUGUGUAAAUGGGCUAUGGGGUGCCUCUGCAUUUUAUCCCAAAAUAUUGGUGGACCUUUCAUCUGACUUGAGUGUUAUUCCGUAUGAAGCUUGCCUGGCCCAAAUAUUUGUAUUAUACAGCUACGUUUUCUGUGAAUUUACUACAUUAGCAAUGAUGGCUUACGACAGGUAUGUCGCGAUAUGCAAGCCGCUCAAUUACCACUCCACCAUCACGCCUCAGAAAGUAAUGCAAUUGCUUCUUUUUACCUGGCUUUUAUCCAUUUGUGAAGCAGUUGUUUUGGUGGGUCUUGUAGUCAGACUACCCCUCUGCGGAUACAAAAUUGACAAGAUUUACUGCACAGCUUGGGCCGUGAUAAAACUGUCAUGUGUGGACACCACUAUCAACAACGUGUACGGGUACAUGUUCAUGAUUUUUCACUUUUCACAGGUAGUGCUGAUCUUGAUUUCCUAUGUCAAUAUCAUAAAAAUCUCUGUGCGAUCGCGGGCAGAUCGGCGUAAAUUCAUGCAGAGCUGUUUUCCCCAUUUAAUCGCAGUGAUCAGCUUCUUGUUUGCAUUCAUUUUUGACCUCUUGUUCGCUCGCUAUGGUCCCACCAGCCGUUUGCAGGCUCUCCGCAAUGUCAUGUCCCUGGACUACAUCGUUGUUCCACCGCUCCUAAAUCCCCUCAUUUAUGGCCUCAGACUGAACCAGGUCCGCAGGAGAAUAUUUAGAAUUCGCAGCCGGAAAAUACGUGCCCUGAAAUGAAUAUUCUGUCUACUUUGCUGUCCAGGCUGGAAAAGAUAGCUUAAAAAAAUAAAAUAAUAAUAAUAAUAAUACGUGAUUGAUUGAAUUUUACAUUUGGAGCUGACAUGUGGGCGUUUGAAUUGUCGUGAGUCGACUCGUCUCGUUUAGCCUACUACCUACUAUCUUCAUGAUGAUGGAUUCAUUUUUCUUGUGAAGUGAUUUUGUUAGCGAACCCUGUAUAGCCUAAUUUAAUUCAUUCUCUCGUAGACAUGCAGGAAUGCGCCUGACAGACAGUGGCCUGCGCAUUUUUUUAAAUUUACGCAAUGAAACUGCUUCAUGUUUAAAAAAACCGCAAUCCUUCGUAGAGAUAUAAUGACAUUGUCCUGUGUGGGAUUCACAUCUGCUACUUCUAAACCCAGUACUCUGCAAUUAUACCAUUAUCCUGCAGUGUCACUCCGGGUGCUGAGAACUUCUGUUCAUUAGUUCAGCUGUUAACUAAAAAUUACUCCGCAUCAUUAAAAAUGAAGGAACUACCCAAUAAUUCACCCUGACUGAUAACCACUAUUUUAUGAAUGGCUAUGUACCCUGUGGACCUUAAUAAAAUGUAAUUAUAUUUUUUGAAUGUGCCAACUUUUUUUGUUUGCAAUUUUCAUUUUCAUUUCAAUUUUCAUUUCCUCUUCUUUGCAGCACUCAUU